UUAGGAAGUUUCUCUCUUCUUUUCCUCACUGCACUCUCUGCUUUAGCUGCACACAGCAAUGUGUCCCUUUCGUUUACUUCCAGGAAUAAUAUCAGCAUGGCUCAGUUAGGAGAAAAGCAUUCUUACUUGGCUUCCUGCAAGCAGUUUACAAAGUGACUUUGUUUUAAAGUUGCCUAACUUUACUGAGCAGUGACAGCUUUGGAUUUGAAACAGAGGACCUGGCUUUACACACCUAUCUACUUUCUUGUUGCUGUCACAUUCAGACCUGGAUAGCUAACAGUAUCAGUUACGCAACUCUAAGCCUGUUGGAUUUUACUAUUUUAUUCAGGCCCAGAAGGUGUAUCAGUAACAUCACAUCUGUUUUUUUUUUUUUUUUUUUGCUUUUCAUGAACUACCGAGACAUUAUCUGUCAACUAUCUGUUGUCUUUUUCUUUAGUUCUCACUGUUCCCUGCUUUAAAUAGGUUGCUGCCUCUCUUACAUUUGCUAGUGAUUGUUUUUACUGAUUUGGAACUACAGACUGAAAGGCACUUUUGUGGAUAUACAGAGGAGGAACAAGAAGAAAAGACUUCUAGCCUGCAAACUCAGGAAGUAAACAAAGAUAAAAUAUUUCUGUAUUGUCAACUCAGCCACUGCCAAAUAUUGUGCACUCAUCUCUGAAGAUUUACCUCAAGAAAAUAGGGACUGUAACAGAUGACGGAGAGACACUUCGGCUGAGGAUUCAGAAUAUCCUGUAUCUAACUACUCCAACAAUGUGGUCACAACUGUCCUAGGAGCUACCCCUUUAUUUCUUCCAUUCUGGGGCCAGAAUACAGCAACAAAAGAGCCCUGCAUACCUUGGACAUUCAGCUCUAGCUCAGAUUUUACAUGAAGAGAGUGCAUCAGUUGAUGAGUACAGACCAGUUUUCUCAUUGUUUGCCCAGAUUUUUUGGUAUUUGGAAGUGACCGUAGAGGCGUGUGUUUCGCUUUCCUACUGAGAGCGAUAAUGUGAAUUCAGAGCACAUGCUGACUACAGUACUAAGGGAAAAAUUAAGACUCAACAGCUGAUAAGAAGUUAACAUAUGACUAACAAAUCCCUUUAUCACUGUCGUGUUUCCAAAAUGUCAUUCAGCAGUUGUAAAAGUAGACUGGAUCAUGGCCAAGACAAAGCGGUAAAAGAACACUAAGUAUUCACAAAGGACGUGGUUGUAUGGGGGCCGGAUGACACACCAGGUUGGCAAGGAAGUGAAUGGCCUUCAACCAGCCUAAACACAGUCCACACCAAAAUCGCAGGAAGGCCAAAACUUCAUGGGUAAAAAGCAGUAGCUGUACAGAUACACUGAAGGGCAGUGAGUCACAAGACAUGGAGGUCAAAGGCCAGCUGAUCGUGCCCACUGAGUUUAGCACCCCAGACUCUCCACAUGUUACAAUGAGGCACAAACUGAAAGUGGAGAGGAUCCGCGAACUCAUGGAGAGGCAGAACAGUCUGCAAGAGGCACUGAAUCUGAAACUGAAGGAGCUGAAGAAAGUGUGUCUGCAGGAAGCUGAGCUGACAGGCAGAUUACCAUCAGAUUACCCCCUAGAACCAGGAGAGAGGAUGCCGUACAUCUCCCGCAGGAAAUCUGCAGUCUAUAGAAGUUCUAGCAGCACUGCCAUCAAGGAAUCCCAGUUGGAGGAGCUGGAGAGAGAAUUUGUAGUUCAGAAGCAGGUUACAGAAGAAGCAAGAAGACAGCUGUCAUUGGACCUGAGUGCUGACCAGUUUAGGAAAAAGAAACAAGUGUAUGCCAUAGCUACCAAGAGGCUCCAGGAAAUUGAAAACCUGAUAAAGGAAUAUAAGAUUAAGUAUGGGAAGAAACUGACACAGUGGAGCUCCCAGGCUUUGCAAGGUGAUGGUGCUUAUUGUCAGCAUUCAGGUCUGUCAGAAUGUACCACUCAUGACACUGUUGAUUCAAAGAUACUUGGGACAAGCCUUCUACCUGACAAACUUUCUCCUUCGCGGACCAGGGCACAAGGUUUAGACAGAAGUCCUGACCACAGGCAUGGUCGUAAACUGUCUCCCAUGGAGAUCUACAAUGAACUGAGAACUCGGAGGAAUUCUGUUGCUAGUUCCCCUAGCCCUACUAAGACCCUGCCAAGGAGUGUGUCAUCUCUAGAAGGAAGAAGCGUUCCAGCAACACCUGUAAUGCCGCGUAACACCUAUGGUACUUUCCAUGCAAGGCCUGAAGGUGGUGGUCUGUCCACAAAACAAUGGUCUGGCAGUCAGGACUCUCAAAUGGGGUACUCAGGAGAGAAUGGAAUUGAUUCACCCUCAAAAUAUGCUGCACGGACACGAAGAAGCAACAGCUCUGAGGCACUGCUGGACAGAUCAUUUACAGGGGACCAGCUUGUUCCAGAUGGAUAUCCAUACGGUAUGGUAAAAUUACCAUUCAAAAGCUCAGAAGCACUCAGUGACAAGUCCUCUUCCAAUGUGAGCAGCGGGAGCCCCAAACCCAAGAAGUCAUACCACAGUCCCGAACACAUUUAUGAGGCACCGGCUAGCAUGAAGCCAGGGAGGACUUCAUACAGCAGCACUGGUGUUUGCAAGCAGAUGUACAGUGAGGUUCUUUUAGACUAUUUCAUAGAGAAGCAACAAGCCAGGAUGUGGAAUGAACCUGAUGGUCGACACUUCAGUCCAGCCACAAAUGGACUCAGUCCCCAUUUGAAUGACUUGUCCCGCUGUCGGCAGAUACACAACAGCAACAGCAGUGUCUACAUGGACAGUCCCAUGCUGAGAAGCAGGGCUGAGGAACGCAGAGGGAAGGUGGCCCGAACAAAGUCAUGUGGUCCUUACAUUCCUGCCAAGCAGGAGCCCCCACAUCCUCAUUAUUCCCAUGAACUGGCUCAACCUACACACGCCCUGCAGUAUACCUCAAGGUCUAGUAUGCAGCAGAGGUCUCCUGUUCCUGCUGAGGUCAGCCGAAGUCUCCAUAAAGCCCUUGCCUUAGAAGGUCUCCGUGACUGGUACAUACGUAAUGCUGUUGGCUACAGACCCCAUGUGGACAGAAGGCAGCAAUAUCCUCAUUAUCCUGACCAGCAGCACCAAGACCACUAUUACUGUUAUAGCCCCUCCCUGUCACAUUCUGUGAGUUUCAAUGGCCCUGCCAUGCCCACAAGACAUUACAAUGAGCUUCUGUACCGUGAUGACCCAAGUGGCCGGUUGCAAGACCUGUCUGUUGUAGACAAGGACCUUUCACUGGAUGCAGAAGUCACCCCUCCAGGGACUCUUGUGUGAGUAACAUAGUUGAAGAGAAUUUUGAAAUGAUGGCCAAAGAUGCCACACUCAAGCAGUGAAAACUCUGCUGGUUGGUGCCUCUGGGAGCUGCGUGUUCAGGUUCUGCAGUGGAGAGAACACUCAAGCCAUUUAAGUGCUUUAGGAGAGACUUUAGAGCUGUCUUGCUUCUGGUUUUGUUGUUCUCCUCCUGUUUUUGAUACCUGAAAGUGAGGAGUACUGCGGACCAUUUUAUACUGAAUUGAUUGGGCCAUAGAAAUAAGAUGGUAGAUUAUGUAACUGAACCAGAGGGAAAACAAACAGUUACAGUUUAAGAUGCUGCAUCUUUAAAUUCAGACUGCUGGUCCAUUACCUGAAGCAGCUAAAUUAAAAUAUCCUUUACAUAAUGCGUGAAUUGCAUCAUUUACAUAAAGUGGUAGCUGUAGUAUAUACGUUUUUGAUACACUGCAAAGGAAUCCAGUUUAUUUCUUUAUGAAACUAAACGUAUUUUAAGCACACUAAUUUUGGCCCCUUUUUGAUAUGAGUUGAGAAAGACAGAAUGUGUAAAGUGUAUGAUAGGGACAUAAAUAUAUUAAUAGUACCUUUUCAAAACAAAAAAGUGAUUAUAAGCAACAUUUUGUCCAUAUUUCUUAAACAUCAUGUUAUGUGCACUCUUAUUUUUAAUAUGAAACGUAAAUGAUGUCAGAUGUAACAUUUUCAAAAUGCCGCAUUGCAAUGAAAUAAAACAAGUAGAUCUUAAAUGUACUUAUGUUGGGUACUGGAAAUCCAUGUACUUUAUAAAUGCUGUGACAAUAGCUAGGACUAUUUAAGGUAAAUAAGCACUAGUGCCUAUGUACUACUGUAUAUGAUUUUAGAUGAUUCUAUAACUGUAACUCAAAAGGACUGUGUACCAUUUAAUUACAUCCCCUUGGCCCUGCCACAAUAUAGUCAGUUCUGUUCUUUUUUUCUAUUUGCUUAGAAAGCUGCAGAUGCUGCUGAUACAGUUAUAUGGUUAGCAUCGGGGGGGGGGGGGGGCUUUCUCAUAUUUGUUUGAGCACUGUGUUGCUCUGCAUCCUUAUGCAUCUUUUAAAGGUGUCGUAGUACACUCCUGAAGCUCAGAAAAUCUGUAAUAGUUGCACUUAUCCUUUUUCUUUUGACCCAUCUGAGACAGUGAUUGAUGAUAUUCCCAGUCCAACUGGAGGUCUAGGGUCACUUCUCAGCGCCACACCUCUUGAUAGAUAAGUUAUUCUGGUCUGCCAACUCUCUGCCAACUUAUGCAAGAAAAUGGGAGUGUAGUAGACAAUUGGAUUACAUUGGAUAUGACUUUCUAUUUAGUUCCCCUUCCCUGCAUCAUCAUGCAACGUAAAAAACUCCAGGGAAACUUGACAUGAAGGGGACUUUAUCAUAUAUUAAUAUAAAAAUAUACGUCCAAUUUUAAACACACACGUGUGUGUGCAGUACAGUCAACAUGAGCUGGUCUUGUGUUGCACAAAACUUUCGAUUUCUUGAUUCUAUAGGAAAUUAUUUACUUGAGCAUGAUUUUUAUAGAGAAUGACAAGACAAGAGGUCCUCUCUCUGUGUCCUUUGUUCUUUUCAGUGCCACUGUAAAAAGUGGGAAUUAGCUGGGAAUAUGGAGGAUAAUUGGCUUAAAAUUAAUACCUAAGGCACGUCUGACAACAUUGAGAGGGUCAGACUUAAACUCAAUUUACAGACAUAAAGAAUGACUUUGAACUGCAGUGGGGAGGAAGCUGAAUCGGGAAAUGUUUUAUCUUUCAGGCAAUAGCUUAAUCUAAAUAAAGAAAGGGUCUAGCUCUCCCUCUCUGUAUACACACACACAUGACUGCUCAUUUCCACCUGUUACCACAGUACUGUGUAACUCCAUAUUUUACUAUGCAAGAUACAGGUUCAUAAGAGAUUCCCAGUAAAGGCAAAUAAAGUGAAAGGGACAUUAGUCUUAAAACACAUGCUAUAUGCCCCUCAUAUGAUGCAAUUUUAGAAGAGGCCACAUCUUUUUCAUCUUGGUGCAGAAAGGAUUAUGCAUAAUUUGACCUUUGUGUCCACCUAGCAAGGGUUAUAUUAUGCCAGUUUCAAAUGUCACAAGUUUCCUGAAGAAAAGGAUCUCCUGUUGUUAAUGUGCACAAAGUAAAAGGCUUCAUCAGUGAAAUAUAUAUAUAUAUAUAUAUAUAUAUAUAUAUAUAUAUAUAUAUAUAUAUAUAUAUAUAUAUAUAUAAACUCACAUAAUGGUAGCAAUGUCAACUUAUGGGAAAUGUAUUGUGAAAAUUAUGGAAAUUGUACUUAAUUUUGUUUAUUAUUUCCACACUGUGGUUUUUAAAUUAGUUUCCACAGUUUUUAGGUCCUGAUGUGGAAUGUCCUGCUAAUCACACCUCAGGUAUUUUCUUUGCUACCAAGCCAACUGAGAUACACAAACUCAGGAGCAGGAGUGCAGCAGAGAAUGUAACAGGAUUAUGUCUGAUGUUGAUGCUGCAUCUCUUAAGUAGAUGUCUGUAUUAGUUUUCCAUGCUUUCUAAAAGAUGAUGGACAUUUCAACUCCAUUGUCAGGCAUUGAAAUGUACACCAAGUAAAGAAACUGCAGUGUAUAUUUAAGCUAUGUAUUUUUUUUAAACAAAUUCUCCCAAAGACAUUGUAAAAGCACAUUUACGGUAUGAGUAGUGCUUUCUUGACCCGAUUAUUAAGUAUCUAGGAAAACGAUUCAGAAUGUAAUAUUCUAAAUAUUUCAACAUUUAUCUACUGUUUAAGUUUUAAUUGCAUGAUAACCAGAUUUUUUCUCCUUGAUUUCAUUUUGUUUUCCAAUGUCUGCACGUGGCAUCUGUCUUGUCACAUCACUGGCAUUUUCAUAAAAGCAGUACACAGAAUGAAGGGAGGGUUCUCCUAGGAACUAAAGACCUGACAGGUUUAAGGAUAUACUACUGUCCCCUUCCUUUGCAAUGUAAUGGGACUGUAAAUAUCAAGUGUCUGUGCCUGCCUGUGCCAUAAUUAUUUAGCAAAAACGUACAUAAGUACAAGUUGCUAAAGUUUCUCUUCCUUUUAUUCCCAGCAUUUUUGGAGCUGCUUGUGACCAGUAUUUCCCCAAAAUUGUCAGUAGUUUGGCCUGCAUCUUGACCCCAUCUUGUCCACCAACUUUGGGCUGAAUUUUACAUCCUGUCUUUGAAGUCUAUUUGACAUUGUGUCUAUGUCCUGGAGACUGAUGGCGGUAGUCUGCCUCUGGUCCCCCCAAGAGUCCAGUGGUAGUGCCCAGGCCUACAGGGGCCUUCCUUACAAAUCCUGUUGGUGGUAGCAACUGGACAGUCCUCCUCAUUUUACUCCUGAAGCUUUUGCCAGUGUUUCAGUUGACUGAUUCCCCCUAAUGUGUACUCAGAACACCACAGCCUGCAUCAGUCAUUGCCUUAAGUCCAUGUCUCGUAUCCUUGAUGACUGUCAUCCUUAAUACAUAACAUGUUUUUAGUUUUUACCAAAGAAACAGUCCACCCCCAAAAAGUUAAAAAUUUAAGUGAAGAGUUGGCUUCUGUUUUUUUUACACUGUUCCCUGUGAUUUAGACACACACACAGUUCCAGCAAACCUCAGUUCUCUCACAUGCACUCCACUCUGAUUUCAGUAAAGAGAUUCUGCUACUGUGUCAGCUCUCACUUUGUGUGUGCUUUAAUUGUUAUUAUCUGUGUUCUGUACUAGGAUUUUUUCUGCGGCAAGGGGGAAAAAGCAUGUUUCUUCCUUCACCAUCACUGCAUCGGUGAUGAUUAGCAAGGCUCUACUCUGCUUCAUCAGAAAAUGAGCACUAGUUGCAGGUCCCCAUGCAUUCUAAAUUAACUGUACUACCAUAACUCUAAAAUGUCUGCAAGCAGCAACCCCAUGCUGUUUUGUUGGUCACUGUACUCACUUCCAUAGUAACACACUGAUGCCAUUGCUGUUGCAUGUUGUAAAAGAAAUAGGAUUGACAAUUACGCAGGUAGAAAGAUCUUUUGUGGUUAUUAGAUAACUGGAAAACAAAAGUUAUAAUUAAAAAUGUUAGAAAUGAGGCAAGACAAAUGCAAAUUUGGAAUGUUUCACAAAUUCUAGUAUCUUUAAGACUCUCUUCUGAGUAAAAGUUUUUAUGAAGUCAUCAGGGGUCUUCCAAGUGAGUUGUUUGCAUAUAAUGUGUAUGCAGUUAAACAUGUGGCUCUGAGUAUAGUAUAUACAAAGUCUAUGCAGGACAUCUUGAAUUUGUGAGCAUUAAAAGUUUAAAUAUACAGUACUCUAUUUUGCCUUUGCACCAUAGUUUUAACUGUUCAGUCAUAGUAUGCACAAUGAAUGCUGAUUCAGCAAAUGAUGUGUCAUUGGGCAUUGCAAGAUUACUUGUUAACAGCAUAUAGCAUUCACCUCUGUACUACUACCUUACAUGCAUUUCCUUGCCUACUAUGACUUUAGUGUGCCCUGAAACACAUUUUGUUGAAUCAAAUGAUUCAUACAGAGUUUGCUUACAGUAGAACUUUGCAGAAAAAGUGGCACAGCUGCUUAACUUUACAAAACAUCUGCUUUUCUUGAAAUUCCUGUUUAAUCAGGUGUAACUUUUUUGUUGGUGGAUGGCAGAGGAUUGUAAAGGUGGCAACAGUUAAACAAAGGUGCUUUUUAUUUUUUUCAAAAUGUCAUUUUUCAGUGGAGCAGCCUGUGAAAUUGGGGGUGGUGACACAGUGCAUUUUUCCAUCACUUCUAAGGUCAAUGUGAACAUUUUUGCCUGGAGAAGAUUCUUGAUACUUUUGCGCUCUAUAUUUUCCCUCCCAGACUGUAGGUGAGGACAGAGACCUCUUCCAGUUAAAUACUGAUGAUUUUCCAUGUCAUGUAUUUAUCAUAAAUGUAGAUACAUUCUUUCUAAUAUUUGCUUCUGUUUGGAAGUGAAUUCAGUACAAAUAAAAGAAAGUUUGAAACUUC